AUGGAAGACGAGGAGCAGAGGUGGCUUGACGCACAGCAGGCAACACCUGCUACGGGGAGUGAAUUUGGGUUACGGGAUCAGGAAGGAGAGGAGCGCGUUGACGUCGUCAUGAACGAGAAGAUGGUUGUGGAAGAGACAGCAGUUGUGGACGAAAACAUGAAUAAGGCAACGACAAUGGACCCAGACGACGAUAUCAUUCCCGGUUGUUACAUGCUCGACAUUAACAUCGAUGGACUCAAGUACUCAAAAUUGUGGAUUCGAGCCGAAUACAUCCGUGUUUUCAAUUCCGUCAACGCUUAUUACGAUGAACCCACGUCCACGCCAGGGGCACCCUGUGUAGUCGUCACAGGCCAACCAGGGAUUGGCAAGAGUGUUUGGGUCUACUAUGCUUUGCGUCGAUGCCUUGCCGAAAGGAAACCGGUCAUCUGGUACUCCAAGAGGUGCUGCUACAUGUUUGCGGAGGAUGGUGUCUACGAGAUGCCUGCCGAUUUCCAGAGAGCUAACCUCAAAUCAUACAUCUGGACCUUGGUCGAUUCCGAUGAGGCUCCGGACGGCGUUCCACCCUAUCUCGUCCCGCACAGGACUCCACUUUUUGUCAUCUUCUCCACCUCUCCACGUGAUGACAGGUGGUCGCGUCUACACAAGACGGUGCGCCCGAUGGUCGCAAUCAUGAAUCCAUGGAAAAGGAAAGAGAUCUUACGAGCUGCAACGAUAUACCCCCUAGGUUGCAUCAGCGAGUCCCGGACGAACGAAAUAUUUGAUCAGCUUGGUCCUACCCCUCGCCUCUGCAUCGAUUAUCAACUAAACUCUAAGGCCAUGAGUCGGUAUGAAAGUAACCUCCGCACCGCACUUUCGAAGGUCACGUCAAAUGACCUGGAAUUGUUGCUCAUCACCGCUUGCGAUGGGGACUUGGGAAUCGAUACCCUGUCUGACAAGAUUGCUCUCCUCAGCCGCGAAUCAUUGGACGAUGUGUAUAGCCAAGGCAUGGUCAUCCCUAUCACCCCUUACAUCCAAUCAAGACUCUCCAAUCGGUGCCGCAACCUGGAACGCAAGGAACUUUUACGUCUUUACAAGGCCUUUGCAAGGGUGCCUGAAGGGAGGACGAUGGCUGGUGUUUUCUUCGAUGCCCUUGGACAGACGGCGCUCCAGGAGGGGAUUACACACGAGCUCGUUCCCAUGGUGAAGUUGGACGAAGCUUAAAAGAGAGCGCCUUGAUGGCACUCUAGCCACGAACUCUUUGCAACUGGAGGAACGGCGUCAGCAUACGUUGACAUGUCGCUUCAAUGUUGAUAAACGCAUCGGAACGGAAACACCUGUCACUUGCCCACAACGUCAUGUGUGUCCGGGAAGCGAACAACAAGGUGGCUUUUGCUCCCUCUGUCAUCACAACUAGAAACUCAGUGGAGAAAUGACCCCGCAACAGACUUUGGAAGCCACACGUCUUUAGAAGAGAAGAAGGGAAGCCGGAAGUUGUAUUUUUGCUAAGCUUCAAGUCUACAUUACACUUAGGUCCUUUGCGAACCCAUUUCUUGAAUCAUCUCAGAGUCCCAUGAAAACAAUACAGACAGAUAAAGAAAAUGCGAGUCCGACACUAGUAAAAUGAUAAUGGGUCCUUGCACGUCCGAAAGCUAGCCUGGAACUUCCAUUGGCCGAUUACAGACUAGGUCGACCAAGGGCUGCGCAACGGUAAGGGACCAUUGCUUUGGAGCUUUGUACUUGUCCAAUAUUCUUUGUCGAUAAAGUUGCAUGAUUCCUUCCCGUACGUAGGUGACAGUAUUACUUCGCUGGCUAUACCACUUAAUCAAAGCUUCAAGCGUCUUCUCG